AUGGCUGCCACGUUCCCCCUUGGCUGCGUGGGACAGGAUGACAUCGUUUCUCUGCGAAUCGUCUGCACAAUGGCUCGCGACGGCAGACAGUACAACCUCGAGGAGGUGGACAGCUACGGAAACACCGCCCUCUUGAAGGCCUGUUAUUUGGGGAGAUUUGAGUGCGCUCGUACACUUCUGGAGUUCGGUGGCAACAUCUUCGCCAUUAACUAUUUUGGCCAAAAUGCUCUUACCCUGGCGAGCUAUGCAGGCCACUUGCCCUUGGUUAAGGAGCUGUUGCGAUGGAGGACUUAUAAGGACUUUAACCUAUCCUCAAUGAUCCCCGCUCUCUGCGUGGCCACAAUGCAAAAACAUUCCGCCCUGGAGGCAUUUUUCACUCAAUUGGACCCCAUGGGAGUGCAGGAAAUUCAUACUGUGCAUGGUUUGGGAGUAGAAGAACUGCGAAAAAUGAUGAGACAAGCAAAGCGUCUGAACAAAAAACAAAUGUCAUCGCCUCGUACUUUUAUAACUAAUAGUCUUCGUUAAAAAUGUGUAACUUGAUUAUUCUAAAAAUUCUGUAAUUUGUCUAGUUAAAAAAUAUAUUUCUGUCCUAA